AUGGAAAAAGAUGUGGGCUACUCAAACCCAUCAAUGGAUCAGGAUGAUACAUUGUUCGAUUAUGAUGCCGGCUUAGAGGGCACAUUGCAAGAUAUAGCUGUGGAUCCCAAGAGGGAUGAACCUAUUGCUGCACCAGUAUUAGGUCUGGAUGAAAAGUCGCCGAGGGACCACUGCGUGGCUAACUGUUUUUCAAAGUUUUCGGAUGCCGCUCGACUCUUAAAUUUUUAUCAACUAUGGCUCGAUGAUUUGUUCCCUCGUGCGAAGUUCGCCGAUGGAUUGGCUAUGAUAGAGAAACUGGGUCACUCGAAACGCUUGCAGACGAUGCGAAGAGAAUGGAUAGACGAGGAAAAGCCGAGACUUUCCGCAGCUGACUCUGAAGAUGCGCAACAAGCGAAAUCUUCGAGCCCACAUACCCGUGACAAUAGUAUGCCUAUUGGGCAUCUUGAAAAAGCCAACGCUAUCAUAGGCCGAGGAGAUAACGUGGCACAGGCGCCCCCAACACAGGGCCUUGGAGAGCCAUCUUCACUUCUGCUAGGAGGCAUUCUACAACAGGAGGAUUUGUUUGUGUCUGAUGAUGAAAGUGUUCCAAGGGAAAUCAUAGAAGAAGGUGCUCAUGAAAAUAAUGAUGAUGAUGAUGAUGAUGAGCUGGAAGCACUUCUUCGGGAGCACGAGGAUGGUUUUAUUGGUAACAAUAAUCUGGCAGGAUCAGAUAUAAGGGCUUGA